AUGAUAUCUAAUAAUCAUAAUGAUAAUACAGCAAUUAAUUGUCAAGAAAUUCCAGAAGGAGAUAAUCCAGCUGUUAUAUAUAAAAAAUGGGAAGGUGACAGUCAAUUAGAUAAAUUUAGAUUAGUUUUUAAAAAGAAGAAAAAUUCAGUAAAAUGGGGAGAUGAUGUAAAUUUACCAACCACUACAUCUAGUUCAACCUUAUCACCACCAAAUAAUGUAAAACCACCAACUAGACCACCUCCAACACCAAAAACCAGUAUAUCAAUUGAAUCAGGACCACCUUCACACCCACCACCAAAUCCAACCGAUUUCAGUAAUAAUCAUGAUGAUGAACAAGAUAGACCUGCACCAAGAGCACCAAUGAUGGGUUUUGGAACCAAUGCACUUAUGAAUGAACUUGCAUUAAAGAAAAAUAACCCUGAUAAUAAACCAAUUUUAAGAUCAGCACCCAGAAAAGAACAAUCACAAACAGUAAUUAUUGAAUGGAUAAAUAAAAAAUUAGAAGAAUUUGGAAAAUCGGAUAGAAUCGAAAAUUUAGAAGGUGAUUUAAAGGAUGGUUGUAUUUUAGCACUUUUAUUAGAAGGUCUCAGUGGUUUUCCAAUUAAUAAUUUUAAUAGAAACCCAUCAACUAAAAUUCAAAUUGUUGAAAAUAAUAAUAUAAUCUUACGUUUCCUCAAGGUACUUGGUGUUAAUUUAGUAAAUAUAACUGGUGAAGAUCUAUGGGAAACUAGACCAGAAACAAUGAUGAGAAUGUUAGGUAUUAUCAUUAAGCAUUUCCAUGACUCUUCACCCGAAAAAACCAAACAAAGACUUUCAAUGAUGAUGCAACAAAAUCAACAGCAAACCCAAACAAAGAAACCCCCACCAUUAGCUCAAAGAAAAGUUGCAGCAAAACCACCACAAUCCGUUGGAGAUUUACCACCACCAGCUACAACCAUUCAAUCUAAACCAGUUCCAGCAACUCAAGUUAAAAAACCUGCACCACCAAUUAUGGCAAAAAGAAAACCACCACCAAAAAUUGCAAGUGGUGUUACCGCAGCUCCACCACCACUAUCAUCGUCACAAGAGAAUGGUUUACCUCCACCACCAUCAUUCCUUUCAUCAAGCGGUCACAAUUUACCUCCACCACCUGCUCUUUCUUCCUCUCAAGAAAAUAAUUUACCUCCACCACCAUUAUCAUCAUUAUCGCCAACACUAUCAAGUAGUGGCAACAAUUUACCUCCACCACCACAAAAUCUCUUAAAGAAGGCUCCACCAAAAUUACCACCAAAAACAUUCGAUAAUAAUAAUACCCCUCAAACUGUUACCAGACCAACACCACCACCAAAAUCAGCACCACCAACUAAACCUGCCCCACCUCCUGUUAAACGUCAACCAAUUGCUUCGCCCCCAGUUCUAAGUGCCCCACCACCUCUUCAAAGCCCACCACAGCCAGCCAGAUCCCUCCCACCAAAUAAACCUGCCCCACCAGCUAGACGUCAAUUACCAACAAAUGAUUCACCACCUUCCACAUCACCACCCACACCACUUAGCCCAACAAGAAAUAGUAGUGUUAGUGCACCACCACCAGUAUCAAGUGUUCUUUUAAAUCAAUCUAAUGAAAAGAAACCAAUACCACCACCAAAAACAUAUAAAAAAUCACCAUCACCACCACCAAGAGCAACUGCCAAUCCAUCUGACCCACCAUCAGGCUCAGCAUUACCACCACCACCAAUUCUUUCAACAUCACAAGAUGCCUGCCCACCAAUUGAUAUUUCAGUACUUCCACCACCACCAUCAGAACCAACAACACCCGUUCAAAUUAAAAGACCAGUUUCACUUCCACCACAGGAGUAUGCCCAAGUUGAAAAUCAUUAUGAAGAUACAUACACAGAACAUGUAUCUGAAGAACCACAAGUUCUUUCACAACCACCAAAGAGCAAACCACCACCAUUACCAAGAAGAGAGCAUGCUCCGUCUGCUCCUGAACCACCAGUUCAAUAUGAAAUGGUAGUAGAAGAACCAGAACAUCAAUAUCAAGCUGAAGAGCAAUACUACGAAGAACCUGCACAUCAAUACGAAGAACCUCAAGAACCAGAGCAACACCAACAAGAAGAACAAAUAGAAUAUUGUGAAGAUAAUAAUAAUGAUAACAAUGAUAACAAUGAUAACAAUAAUACAGAAAAUAAUCAACUCGAUGAUAGCGAAGAAAUUACAUUUGAAGAAUUAGAGUCCUUAAUGAAUGCUCAAUCCUUUAACUUUGAUGAUCUCCUUAAACAAGCUGAUCAAUCAAUUCAACAACAAUCAAGUAGUCAAAGCUAUGAUAUGAGUGUUUUAGAUCAAGAAGAUACUUAUACAUCCCCAUCAGGAACAGGUGAUUUAGAUGACGAUUUAUCGGACUUGUUGGAUAAAUUAGCAAGAGGUGAAGUUUAA